AUGGAUGAAUCUGUGACAGAUGAAGAUUUUGUAGCAAGUAAAACAGGUUUGGAACCUAAUUCAGAUAUAAUUAGUGAAUCUUCUGAAAUUUUUCCAGACGAUUCUUCUGAAAAUAAUCCAGACUAUGUUUCUGAAAAUGGUAAUCAGUCCAGUAACUUUCCAGAACAACUCGAUGAUGAGGAUCAGAGCGGAAUGUUGGAGGAUUUGGAAUCUGAUAGUAGCGAAGAUAUGAAGAACUUUUUUACAGCAACAAGGGCAGGAUUCAAAAAGGUAGCAGGGGAAGUCAAGAGAGUAACAAGACUAGACUUUGAAGAUUAUCAUAGAAGAAGACAUCUGGAGUCAUUCGCAAGGUCGAUGGAUCAGUGGAACGAGUUUGAAAAAAAGUUCGAGCUUAAAGAAGGAGUAACGCCACAAGAUUUCACAUUCUCGAGACUGAACUUCGAUAGAUACCGAGAUACGCUGCUUAACAUAGAUGUGAAGGAAAUGACGCAACUGGACAGAUUCAUACUUGACCUAAUUGAAAGUUACUAUGAUGAUAUGCAGAACGAGGAUUUAAACGUAGUAAUGUCUAAACUGAGAAGGAAAUACAAGCUGGCACCAUCAAAACGUGAAAUUUUUGAAAGACUAGAAUCAUUGCAGUGUUUAACAAUGGAUAACGAGAAUAAUAAUGCAGUAGAAUGUGAAGUUGAAGGUACUGAAUUUGACCACAAUAACACAAAUGAUAAAGAUGAAUCAGAUAAUAAAACUGUUCGUUUGGAUACGGAAGAAGAUGAAUCAACGUCGAAAAAGCUAAUGGUAGGGAGUAAACUAAAGCACUUGUUGAGGAACAAAGCUAUAAGAUCGAACUCAGGAGUCGUGGUAAUCACAGUAAUGACGAGUCCAGGGACUUUCAGCUGCUCUGAAAAUUGUUACUACUGCCCAAACGAACCAGGACAACCAAGAAGUUAUCUAUCAACAGAGCCAGCAGUGCUUAGAGCGAACCAAAAUGAUUUUGAUGCAGUUAAACAGUUCUACGAUAGAGCGAACACACUUUAUAAGAACGGACAUGUAAUAGAUAAAAUUGAAAUUAUAGUCCUUGGAGGUACAUGGAGCGGUUACCCAAGGAGUUACCAAGAAGAGUUUAUCAGAGAUCUGUUUUACGCAGCCAACAUAUAUCCAGAGAACUUGCAAAAGUCUAGAGAAAGAGGAACAAUAGAAUACGAACAAACCUUGAAUGAAAAUAGUAAGUGUAGAAUAAUAGGAUUGACACUUGAAACGAGACCAGAUCGCAUCAAUCCAACAGAAAUAGAACUUCUGAGGAAGUUUGGAUGUACAAGAGUCCAAUUGGGAAUACAACACACAAAUGACUCGAUUUUGGAGUACGUAAAUAGAGGCCAUACAACAAAAGAUUCAAUAAAAGCUAUUUACCUGUUAAAGGAAAACUGCUUUAAAGUCGACAUACACAUCAUGCCAGACCUCCCGUCAAGCAGCCCUGAGGAAGAUUUGGAGAUGUUUAAGUAUAUCUUGUCUAGCAAGGAUUUACAAGUUGACCAGUGGAAGAUUUAUCCCUGCGAAGUCACACCCUUUUCGGAAAUUGAAAAGUGGCAUAAACAGGGUAAGUAUAUCCCAUACUUUGACGUGGACUCUAAACUGCUAACUAACUUGAUAAUUAGAGUAAAGAGAGCAGUGCAUCCCUGGAUAAGAUUAAAUAGAGUAAUAAGAGACAUACCGAACCCGUCAAUAAUCGCAGGAACAAACUUAACAAAUAUGAGACAACUCAUACUGAAUCAAAUGAAGAAAUUGGGUCUGUCUUGUAAUUGUAUAAGAUGUAGAGAGGUCAAGGAAUCAAGUAUAGGAACACCAGUUCUAGUGGUUCGUGAAUACGAGACUAAAGGUGGAACCGAGUAUUUUCUGAGCUACGAAAAUGAGUCGAGAAGCAUAAUAUAUGGGUUUUUGAGACUCAGAAUAAGUAACAAUAGAACAUAUGAUAAGAAAAUAACAAAGUUCAAGUGCUUGAUAGGCUCAGGCCUGAUCAGAGAACUACACGUCUACGGAAUUGUGGUGGCUCAUGGAGAAAAGCUCGAUGUAAACGAGCCCUCACAGCAUCGAGGUAUAGGCUCCAAUUUGAUACUGGCGGCAGAAAUAAUCACCAUAUAUAGAGGUCUCUGGAAAGUUGCAAUAAUAGCUGGAAUUGGCACAAGGGAGUACUACAAGAAACACGGAUAUGUUUUGGAGGAAACAUUUAUGACGAAACGUCUAUCCUCUCUUGAUAUUAGUUUUAGGUACGAGAGUGCCAGAUUGAGGCAGAUUAAGGUCCCGGAAGAAAUAACAGUUGAACUAAUAAAACUAGAAAACGCAACCAAGGUGUUAAAUAUGUUAGUGCCAGCCAGUAGAGGAGAGUUAAUUGAUCCUGAAAUUGAGGAAAAUAAAAAAUACAACAUAAAUGUAAACGACCUUUUGGAACUUGCCGAAUAUAAUGACUACCCUAUAGACUACGCAAAAAUGGGUAUGUUUGAGAAAUUUAUGUUAAAUGGGAGAAUCCUUAAAGAUAAAGUUAAGAAAAUGAUAGCGGCACAUCCCUUUGUGUUCAUCUCGGUUUCAUUCUGCGCAGCUGCAAUUUACUUUUCAAGGGCUAGGGCCCGUAGGAGAUGA